AUGUCGACAAGUUUGCGCAUGGAAGAAUGUAAAUCUAGCGAAUACUCGUCCGCCCUGUUAAGCUCAAACAAACAGUUCAUUACGACCAGAUCAAAAGACUUGAACUCGUGCCACAAAGAGUCUAGGUCAGCCACUGAUACUCAAGAUAUGGAUCAACAACUUAUUUUGGAAGUAAUUGAUCUUGUUUCCUCCGAUGAUGAAAAUGUUGUUGGAACCAGCCUACCUAAAAUUUCUGAAAAAAUGAAUUUAGGUAGAAUAAAUUACAUUCAGUCGGAUCGUCAAAAUAUUAUAUUUCCAGGAGUAUUUAAUCCACAUCUAUGGAUGUCGGAUUGUACCAUGGAACAUUAUUUCAGUCUUUUAGCCAAAAGUUGUACGGAUCAAUUAAUACUGAGCUUACCACCAGUGUUUUUUAAGGAUCUAGUAAGAGGUGGGUUUGACAAAGCUACCAAUUCAAUGACAGCCACAAUAAAAAAUGUAUAUGCUUAUGAUAAACUUAUAACUCCCACAUACCUAGAGGGUAAUCAUUGGACAUUGACUGUGGUGAAUAUUAAGAGUCGUACCAUUACUUUAUACGAUAGUAUAAAAUCAAGCAUAUAUGAAGAUCAAAUUAAUUUAUUAGUUGAAUUUUUGAUUGAGUCAUAUAAAAAAUAUGAGAAGCCGGUUGAUGAAGAACAAUUACAAUGGACAUUAGACUUUGGGGAUUCUCCAUUGCAAAGUAAUACGUCUGAUUGUGGUGUAUUUACAUGCACAAAUGCCAGACAUGUUUUACUGGGAAAACCAUUAUACUACACCCAGGAAGAUGCCCCACUCUUACGACAUAGAAUCACAUUUGAAAUCUUAAAUAAUGUGUUGUUACCUACUCCGGAUGCUCCAUAA